AUGGACCCUCAAAAUCAAUCCAGCUCCCACGCUCAACAGGGUCGCCCCCAACCCGUCUACGACACAACCCAUGGCGGUCACUACGGUGCAAGUGCGGCGCUCUCCGCCCAGGGUUUUGCCCCCGCCGAACUGUAUACUGGUCCGUGGGCCAAUGUUCACCAAGGGUUGACUGGACAGUACAAAGAUAUCCUGACAACCUACUGGCAACAGACGAUCAACCAUUUGGAAAGCGAUAACCAUGACUACAAGUUGCAUCAGCUACCCUUGGCACGGAUAAAGAAGGUUAUGAAGGCAGACCCCGAGGUCAAGAUGAUCUCAGCCGAAGCUCCUAUCCUCUUUGCUAAGGGGUGCGAUAUUUUUAUUACUGAGCUCACUAUGCGUGCCUGGAUUCACGCCGAGGAGAACAAGCGACGGACAUUGCAGCGAUCUGAUAUUGCAUCUGCCUUAGCCAAAUCGGACAUGUUUGACUUUCUCAUUGACAUAGUUCCACGAGAAGAGGCGUCUUCCCAUGCUAAACGGACCGCCGGGCAAGCCGCUCCUGCCGCCCAAGGUGUACCAACCCAGGCCGCUCCACAAAUCCCCGGCCAGCACGGGUCUAUCCCACAAGCUACCAACCAUUCGUCCUCGUCCCAUCCUAUGACAGCAACUGAUUAUGGGCUUGCUGGCCAUGCCCUUGGUCCUGACCAGGACUACCGCCAGAACCCGAACAUGUAUUCGGGCCAAGUACAAACUGGCCAACCUGGCCCAUACGGCCAACCCCAGCAAACCAUUUAUGGCGAAAUCGAUGGGAUGUAUGCAUAUGGGACAAUGCAGCCCCAGCAACCCCCUAUGUCCUCAGAGGAGUUUGAGUAG